AUGGAUGUUUAUUACGCAUAUAAUUACGCCGCUGCCGGCUGGAUGAUUCUCCAAUCUAUUCCUCUAUUAUCGUCUCCCACGAUGAUGGUCACCAUGCUUUCUCCCGAAGUCCGCGAAUCAACACCACUAGAAGUCUAUUUCUCCCGCUCCCUCGGCUUCGCCGUAAUCACAAUAGGACUCCUAACCGUCCUCCUAACGGGGUCGAUUCCUCUCAAAACCUCAUUCGCCGAUCCAUCAUCAAGUCUUGAAGACCCCACUGCUCCGUAUGCUCUUCCGGCGCUUAUUAUUACGGCGACGUAUCAUGCUACCGUGAGCUUUUAUUGUUAUACGAUGUGGAAUGAGACGGGAAAUUUUGGGUUUGGGAUUGCUACUAUUAUGGGGACUAUUUUGGCUGCUUCUGGGGUUUGGUGUGUGCUUUUUGCGACGAGUGAUGGGAGGAUUAGUAGGAAGACUGGGGCGGAUAAGAGAACUAGUGGAUUCCCGUUCAAGAAUGUUGAGGCAGACAAGAGGAAGGCUGGGAAGAAGGGAUUAUAA